AUGGUGCGCACUCCGUGGGUCGGCGGCAACUGGAAGUGCAAUGGCACUGUUGGAUCCAUCACGGACCUUUGCGGCGAAUUUGGGAAAACAGGGUUCGACCCAAAAUCUAUCGAUGUUGUCAUCUUCCCACCGGCCCUGCAUGCCUCGUUGGCUCGGGAAAAACUCCCUAGCAAGUUCCACGUCGGUCUGCAGAACUGCUCCAAGACACACAAUGGAGCCUUCACUGGGGAGAUCAGCGUCGAAAUGAUCAAGGACUUCGGCCUGCGUUGGGUCCUGGCGGGUCACAGCGAGCGAAGGCAAUACUAUGGGGAAACCGACGAAGUUGUGGCGGAGAAGGUGGACAUUAUUCUCCAGGAGAAAGACCUCAGUGUUGUGCUCUGCGUAGGUGAGCAUUUGAAAGACCGGGAGGCAAACAAGACCAACGAUGUCGUCGACGCUCAGCUCGAGGCAUGCCUUCCAAAGAUCUCCGACUGGGACCGCGUCGUCAUUGCCUACGAGCCUGUGUGGGCCAUCGGUACCGGCAAAGUGGCGACUCCGGCCCAGGCUCAGGAAGUUCAUGAGCACAUCCGCGCGUUCUUGAAGGCUAAGGUGAACGAGGAUGUUGCCAACAAAGUGCGUAUUGUGUACGGCGGAAGCGUGAACGCGGCAAACAGCACGGAGCUUAUCCUUCAGCCCGAUCUGGACGGUUUCCUUGUUGGUGGAGCCUCCCUGAAGAAGGACUUCCUCGAGAUUAUUGCUUCUGGCUUGAAGAAGAACGAGUAA